AAAAAUCUGCGCCGGUGGCAGGAAGGCCCCCGGAGGGCAGUUGGUGUCUUUUAAACAGGACAGAGGGAAGUGAGAGUUGAUGGUUUUGCGGUGAAAAUUUUGACUUGUUCGGCAGGUAUGUGUGGACGGCUGAUUUCAGUCCGAUAAUGCUGUGUCCUGGCGGGUGCACUAACACCCUGUACCGCUUAAAGAGCUUCGAUUUUUGUCUCGGCCUCGGGAUCAUUGUCCGGGAAGUAGCCGGGGUCUGCGCUGCAAGCCUGGGAACUACAUUCUAGCUCCGCUCUUCGUUCCUGCUGCUUCAGUAAAUUCGGAAUCUUGUCAAAACACAAUGACGUGCUGUGGUACAAUUUAAUGGGCAAACCUACCCUCUGCUCACAAUAAAGAAACAUACAAUUACUGACUUCAGUAUUUCUGAGUUAGGAAUGGACUGAUGAAAGCAUGAUGAUAGCGUGUUCUGUCUUCACGUGAUCGUGGAUAGUAAUUAUUAACCAUUCGUUUGUAGAUGACCAGCUGAACUUGUGAGGUGACUUUAUUAUUGAUGGUGCAGAACAUAGCCAGCUUAUGAAUAACACCCAAGUUGAUGAUGUCAAAAUCCUCUAUCAGCAGAAAGGUUGUUUCUGCUAAGGUGACGUACUGGGUGAAUCCGUCUUUUGAUGGUAUAAGCAACUCUAGCUUACCAAUAACCUUGGACAGAAAACCAUCUAGCAAUUCGGAGUCCACUGCUGGAGUUCAGAAAAUUCUUCAGAGAGAGCAAAGCAAAACAUUGCAGUCCUCUGUCUUAAAUAUCACAAAGAGCCGAAAAAGGACAAAGGCAUCUGAUGCAGAGCAGAUCUUAAACUGUUGUAGACCGAAUUCAGUUUCAAAUUCUGAUGAAGCCUGGGUGGAUGAAUAUAAACCUCAAAAUCAGAGUGAACUUGCAGUUCAUAAGAAGAAAAUUGAAGAGGUUGAAAGUUGGCUAAAAGCCCACACAAUCGAGAGAUUUCCCCAUCAGGGUGUUUCCAUCUUAUUACUAACGGGUGCUGCUGGCACUGGCAAGACUGCUACAAUACAAGUUCUUGUAAAGGAGCUGGGAAUCCACCUGUUGGAAUGGACAAAUCCUUUAUCAGAAAACCAAUUUAAAAGCCAUGAUGAAUUUAAAGGCUGCUCUAAUACUGAAGCAGGUCUUCGGAUAAAUAUCAGCAAGUCACAGUCUGUUCUAUUUGAAGAAUUUUUAUUGAGAGCCAACAAGUACAAAAAGCUUCAGAUGCUGGGCGAUAGAGUGGAGACGGACAAAAAACUGAUUCUUGUGGAAGAUAUUCCGAAUCGGUUUUAUAGAGAACCUUCCUGUAUGCAUGAUAUUUUGAGGAGGUUUGUGCAAGUGGCAAGGUGUCCAUUGGUGUUUAUAAUUUCUGAUAGUGUUAGUCAAGACAGUGGUCAUCGGUUACUCUUCCCUAAAGACAUCCAAGAGGAAUUGGGUAUUGCGAACAUAAGUUUUAAUCCUGUGGCUCACACAAGCAUGUUGAGAGUUUUAAAUAGAAUAGCUUCUCAAGAGGCUAGUAAGAAGGAUGAGAAGAUUACUGUUCCUGACACAACUGUACUAGAGUUACUCUGCAGAGGCAGCGCAGGAGAUAUCAGAAGUGCAAUAAACAACCUCCAGUUUACUUCAGUCAAAGGCUGCCCAUUGGAACUGAAUUCAGCACAGAACCAUAAAGGAAAAACUUUAGUAAAAGCAGGCAUGUCUUCAAGAGGAAAACAGAAAGAAAAAUCUUCAAAGGCAAAUGAAAAGGGAGGUGGCCUGCACACCAUUGGAAGCAAGGACCAAUCUCUCUUCCUGUUUCGAGCUCUGGGAAAAAUAAUUUAUUGUAAACGAGAGCUGCCGAAUGACUUGAAUUUGAAUCCAUUACCAAUCCAUUUAUCUGAGCAUGAAAGGGAUCCACUUCUGAUCAAUCCUGAGGAGGUGAUUGAAAAUUCACACAUGUCUGAGGAGCUAUUCAAUCUUUAUCUUCACCAAAAUUACCUUGAUUUCUUCAGCGACAUAGAAGACGUUGUACGGGCUAGUGAAUAUCUUAGUGAUGCAGAUUUCUUAACGGUAGAUUGGAAUAAUCGUUCAACUAUGCAGAAAUAUAGUACGUCUGUGGCCGCACGAGGGUUGAUUCAUGCUAACAAAGCUAGAGCUCGAGCUAAUUGUAGAGGAGGAGCUGGCUUCAAACCUUUACACAAACCACAGUGGCUCUCAAUAAGUAGAAAGUAUAAAGAAAACUGUCUUGCAGCCCAAGGAUUUUUUUCAAAUUUCUGUUUGGCCCCCUAUUGCCUUCAGACCCAGCUAUUACCAUAUCUUGCUCUGUUAACGAACCCCAUGAGAAACCAAGCCCAAAUUAGUUUUAUCCAUGAUGUGGGAAAGUUUCCUUUCAAGAGAUAUUCUACUAGGUUAACGUUGGAAACUUUAACAGAUAAGGAUCCAGGUAUUCUGGAAUUAGAUAAUGAAGAUGACUGUGCCCAGUCUCAGUCAUUAACACAUGAUCAGGCAACAGCAACAUCAUUGUGUUCAACGAGCAACACAAGUCAUUCUGGCGCAGGAGACUUACCAAGUAGCCAAUCACAACUGACCAUAACCCAAUCCUUCCAAGAAGAAGAGGAAGAAUUAAUGAUAGAGGAAUAUGAUAGUGACUAAGAUAGUUAUUUUGGUCUAAGUUGAGUCUAUAAAUAUUUAUUAGAUAUAUUCAAUCUGGUUAAGUAUUGGAUCUGAACAUAAUUCAUUGAAAGUGUUUCUGGAACCACAGUAACUAUGAGCAUUUUUGAAAAUUGUGUAAGUGACAAUAAUGUUUGCCUGACCACAUCCACAGUUGUGGAAUCAUUGGAAAAUAUUCCAUAUCUCCACUGACUAGCACACUAAGUUUAAUAAGACAUGCAUGUUUUCAGAAAACUUAAUGGAACCAUUUACUUCCAUUAUUGUACCAAAGGAUUCUAUUUGUUAUGGAAACUGUGUACAAAAAUUGAUUUCAACCAUAACACUUUGCUAAAAAUUCAAACAUAUGUAAGACUUUAUCUCUUAGUUUCAUCUUCAGUAAUGUUAUACAUAAAUCUUUGGCCUUCAUUUUACUGAGCCUGUUUACCAACAGUGCUUUGUAUCAAAAUUUUAAUCAACUUUUUUUUGGAAGAAGUCUAGAAGUGAGGAUGAUGUUCCUGAAUCUAAAUAUAAAUAAAUAUUUAUAUUUAUACUUGCCAAAGUUUUUGAUAAACAAGAGGCCGUAAACUCCUUGUACAGCAAUCUGAGCCCAAUAACACUGAAUUAUUUAUGUUGAAAUAUGAUGUAUCCUUCACCUUUUUUUGGUUGCAGAAUUUACAACUUUCGAGUUUCAUGGUCCAUGGCUUUGCUCCCAUUUUAUUAAUACAUUAAACCUUUUAUUGAACACGGCAGUAUUUGGUUCACAAUAUUUUCAGUUGUUUAUCAUAAACAAUUCCAAAUGCCUUGUUAUCAAUCUCAUGUUGUAAUUAAGUCCGAUUAUUGUUUGUAUUCUACAAUGGAAUUGUUAGCAAAUUCUAACUUCAUUCAUCUUUCUUAUAUUUUUAUGGUCACAAAGUGAGCUACAUGACAAUGAACAUUACUAAUGUGAACCUUCACUUGUAUUGAUUUGACAUUGCUAAGUUCAUUUACUUGAACAGCCCAUCAGGAAUCAAUAUCGGAGUGCACCUAUUUUACGAUUAUCAAAAUGAUGUAAAUCUUGUACCAAGGAAUGAAUUUACUCUGCUGAAGAACUAAAAUAUCAUGUGAGACAUGGUUAAACAUUCAUGAGUUCAGAGGAAGAAGGUAAAAUGAAAAUCUUUCAUGCAUAGUGUAAUGAUUGUUUUUAUUGAGGUCGACAGCGUAAAUACGUUCUUGGUAUAAUCAGUUGCUUCCCAGAGAACACUGCUUUAUAAUCAUUAAGUUGAUAAUGGGUAGUCUUUUAUUUCAUAUCUUCCUCCCAACUUUGGUUUCUCCAUGCGGCCCAGGUUACAGGCAUUUAAGAUCUCAUAAUUAUCUAGAAUUUCUGGAAAAUAAACAUGUAAUUUUGAAUAUUAAACAACAGAAAGAAGUUGUUCGGUUUGUCCACUGCAUCAACAAGUUUUAAAAACCUAACCGAAUACUUCCACUUCCUUGCCUUUUUGUUAUAAUACAGCAAUUUUCUUCGCCUCGGGUAUUUAUUCACUUCCUUUUUUGAAAGUCACAAUUGAAUCUGCUUCCUCCACCCUUUUGUGGACUGUAUUCCAAAUCAUCAUGUCACUACUCUUAAAAGGAAAUUCCCACUUAACUUUAAACCUGUGUGACAGUGACCUAUCAGACCUCUGCCAUUGAAACAGUUUAUCCUUACUUAUUGUUUCAAUUUUGAACACCUAUCGAAUCUCCUCUUAAAUGUCAAGAGACCAAUCUUUGUUUGACUAGUCUGUCCACAUAGUCGAAGUUCCUUAUCUCCCACCACUAUUCUAGUAAAUUUUUCUGCAUCCUUGACGUCCAAAUAUUUGUACCCAGAACUGCACAAAGUACUCCUGCUUGGGCCUGACCAGUGGCUUUUCAAGGUCUAGCAUAAUCUCUCUAUUUUUGUACAGGUGCCUGCAUUUAUAAGGCAAGAUUCCAUAUGAUUUUUAAACAUUUUACAAACUUGCCCUGCUGCCUAUCUAGUCUAUGUGCAAUUCCCUAGGUCACACCAUUCCUGAGCCCCUUGAAAAUUUUGCCACUUAAUUUGUUUCCUCAUUCUUCAUAAAAUGAUACAGUUUGCUAACACUUAUUGCAUUAAAUUUCAUGUGCCAUGAAUCUGAGCAUUUUAGUGAUAUGUCCAUCUCCUGCUGAAAUGUAA